UUAGCAGAGAAGCCAUCAGCUGAUAACAUCUCUAGACGUGAAGAUGUAUUGACGUUGCAACACUUUGUAUAAAACUCUUCCGAGCAAAGAUUUGAAACUUACAGCCUGCCCUUCCCCUGUGUAGCAGCAACAGCAUUGAGGCUGGGAACUAACAGUCAGUAAAUUGACGAGAGGAUGUGUCGAUAGCUUAUUUCAUUCAUGGCUGACGAACUGUGUUCUAAACAUCAGCAAACUCGCAUACCGAUGGAGUCAAUUAAGAAUCCCUUUCCAAGCUCUCAUAACACUACCAAGGUAAAUGUGGGGGUUACUUUCGGAGGCCAUUUCCGCAAGGCGUCAACUCUAACUCCGGUAGUCUCCGAGAAGACUAUCCGCCAUGGGCUGAACCCACUUGACAAGUCAACCAGUCUUCCUAGCAUUUCCAUAAAAAAAAUACAACACAACAAGUACAAUAGAUAUAGAGACGACAAUGGAGUAGAAAAGACCUGUAGAAAUGAUCAACUCAUUCGUGUGACGCCAUCUACAAUCGCUUCAUCACUCCCGGCGCUUAACAACGGUAGACAUCACUUUUUGAACUACUCCAAAAUGCCAAACACUAACACCGACCUUCUACUCAGUCGUCAACUGUACAAUAACUACUGUGGAAGAAGUCAGGACCAAAUUUCUCUGAAAAGUCGCUCACUAGAUGAGAGCCCUGAACACAGCAUAACAAAAUCGAGAUUUGAUUUCUUAGAGGAUCAGCACCACCAUAAAGAAUCUAAUUCAUGUUGCCACACUCGUCUUGAUUAUUAUGGCAGAAAGCUACCUUUUAGUCCACAGGAAGUGUUAAAGUACUACUCUUCAAGGCUGUGUUCAUUUGAGCGAGCGGAAAUAAAGCAACGUCAGGAAGUGUGGUUUCUAGGCCUGGAAGCUAGUAAAAUAGAAGGAGAUGAAGGAGCAUCACAAAAUAGUGGUUACGAUGAUGAAAAUGGCUCCUAUCUUAAAGUGCUUCACGAUCACAUUGCUUACCGUUACGAGAUCUUAGAGGUGAUUGGCAAAGGAUCGUUUGGUGAGGUUAUUCGCGCACUUGAUCAUAAAACAAAUCAACAGGUGGCGCUGAAGAUCAUAAGAAAUAAGAAAAGGUUCCACCAGCAAGCUCUGAUUGAAGUCAGGAUUUUAGCACACUUGUGCAGGAAAGACAGCAAUGGCUACCACAAUGUUAUUCGUAUGCUAGGCCAUUUUUACUUUCGUAACCACUUAUGUAUAACUUUUGAACUCAUGGGGAUGAAUCUGUAUGAUCUAAUAAAGCAGAACAACUACCAAGGCUUGAGCUUAGAACUCAUUCGAAAGUUUAGCUACUCGAUUGUACAGUGUCUGCGGUUGUUGUACAGGGAAAAUAUCAUCCACUGUGAUUUAAAACCUGAAAAUAUUCUCAUUAAGCAACGAGAAACCAAUUCUAUCAAAGUUAUUGAUUUUGGUAGUUCUUGCUUUGCCCACCAGAGGGUUUACACUUAUAUCCAGUCAAGAUUUUACAGAUCUCCAGAAGUUAUUCUUGGGCUUCCAUACGGAACCGCUAUUGACAUGUGGAGCCUAGGUUCUAUUCUGGCAGAACUUUACACCGGAUUUCCAUUAUUCCCAGGUGAAAAUGAAGCUGAUCAGUUGGCUUGCAUCAUGGAGAUAAUUGGACCACCUCCAGCUGAACUGCUUGAAAUGGCAUCUCGUCGGAGGCUAUUUUUUGGUAAAGAUAAAAAGAAAAACUCCAAAGGUUACCCGAGAAAUCUCGUGAACAGUAAAGGCUUGAAAAGAAAACCAUCUUCAAAAACCUUGGAGUCUGUAUUAACGUGUGCCCAAGAUCGAUUUGUGGACUUUCUUAGCAAAUGUCUUGAAUGGGACCCUGACCUUCGAAUGACUCCCGAUGAAGCACUUAGACACACUUGGUUAUCAGGAACUAAAGAUGGCCGAUGUACUUCUAAGCCAGUUCAUUCUCUGACAGUUAGUGAAACAGAAACAGAACAUCCGACAACGAUCCACAGGGCCUACAAGGGAGUGAAAGCUCAUCAAAAGAAGAAAGACUCUCGUUCCUUCAGCAAAGCUGUCUCAGAAGAAUCGUUGAUCCUAGGAUCUUUUGACAUUACAGACACAGCUUUUGGGGAUCUAGAAGAUCCCCUGGAAGAUUCUGGAAUGUUUUUGCCACCAAUAUUGUGAAAGAAACCCUGAGGAGUGACACAU